UCUCUUGUACAUCGCCCGGGGAGAUGGUCCGGGAAGCCUUCACUUUCAACUAACAUCUAUGGAUCCUGAGAAGAGCACAAUUUGCCCUCCUUAAGUCCAACCUGAUACACAUUCCCUGCAAGAGCUACAAGAGGUCUGAACCGUGGACACCAUCAUACCUUCCGUGCAGAAGACCCUCAUUUUCGACGUGUCCGAUGCUUCAGUUCCAACUUUGAUUCAGUUUCAACAGCAGGGGAAUUUGUACAGUCCCCUAACUAUAAGACGAAGGAAAAAGCGGAACUUGACGAGUUUCUGCAGAUUUUACUCUUCUCCUCAGAAAGCGAGGCGUGGCCAGUCAGAAUCCUUCUUGCCUUGAAGGUGUUGCUCCCUCGUAUGCACAUGGCCAUGUGCAUGCGUACGACUGAGAUCCUCAGCCCAAAACAAUAUCGUACUCCGUGUGCUAAGACCCAGGAUUGGGCAUAUCAUUUCAUUGUAGAAAAACCUGGUAUGUUUGCGAGACUUCGAUCAAACCCUUCUUUAUUCUCUGAGGCGAAUUUAAAAUCUGGAAUUUUGCACAAUUCUCGCCGAAGAUGGAACCCUGUGUCAGUACCUUCUCCGAACAUGUUGAGGAAAGGGAUGGGAAUUCGGGCGUCUCAAUCUGAUGGAGGAAUUGUUGAUGGCGGUCUUAUACCUCAAUAUGCUGUGGCUGAUAAUAAGAAUUCGGCAUCGACAUUGGACGGUCUGCUCGAGGCAAAUUAUGUACAGCAGUCAAGUGCCACCACGGCAGGAGUCUUCAAGCCUCCCACGCUGGCAGAGCGCAUUGAAGGUGCUAUCGAGCGGGCCAUAUUUGACUGCCGAUUUCUAACCUUGUUCGGAGUUGUGGGCUCUCUUCUGGGUUCGAUGUUGUGCUUCCUUCAGGGCUCUAUGUUCGUGCUACAUUCAUUCAAGGAGUUUGUCAGGGCCUACCUUCACAAUAUUAGGAGUAGCCAAGUGAUCCUUUACCUCGUUGAGGCUGUUGACGUUUACCUCAUGGGCACAGUCAUGCUGAUCUUUGGCAUGGGAUUAUAUGAGCUUUUCGUCAGCAGCUUGGAAGUACCUGGUUCCACGGGUGAGAAUGGAGCCCCUGCGAGAGGGAAAGGACUCCGUGGCUCCAACUUAUUCGGUCUCUUCACUCUGCAGGAGCGGCCGAAGUGGUUGGAAAUCCGUUCUCUGGAUGAAUUGAAGACAAAGCUCGGACACGUCAUUGUGAUGAUAUUACUGGUGGGUAUGUUUGAAAAGAGCAAGAGAGUGCCCAUUCACUCAGGUGUAGAUCUACUGUGCUUCGCUGGAUCCAUUCUCCUUGCUUCCAGCUGUCUCUACCUUUUGUCGAUGCUACACGGUAAUGGUAAGAGUCACUGAGUGAGCAAGAGUGAGAGGCAUGGCCUCUCACUCUUGCUCAUAUCACAGCCUGCAAACUUUUCCUGCAAGUUCACACGCCGUUGAAAUAUGUUACAUACUACAGUGUACAGCUACUAUCUCUCUCCCAAGAGCAUGGGAAUGAACUGGAUUGAAGAAUUGUAGUCUAGAUGGUGUAGGGAAGGAACCAAGGUAAAUUAGACAUCAAAAUUGUCAAAAGUGAAUCAACACUUUUGUAUGAGAAGAGUAGAGAUCAGCUGGUAGAUUCUUUGUUCGAUCAGUUGAACAAGUUGCCACCGCUUACCUACAAGUUCGUUGCGAUUAAUAUUGAGGCAUUGACCUUUCUCCACCAAAUCCUCGUCGGUAUUUGAGUAUCUUGUAGGUUCUCACAGGUUUCGAGGUUUCACAUCUAGAAACUGUAGAGUAAUUCAUCCGAGAAUUAUUCUGUGAUGUUGUAAGAUUCACAUGUACGUGUCGAUUUCUUUGUGAUUGAGCUCGAUCACAUCUGUUUUACGUCACAUAAGCACCUGAAGGAGGAGCGAAAGUGAUGCCAAGUUCCGAAACCUGGAAGCG